ACUGACACGAUUUCAAGCACACUAGAGUGGGCAAUGGCAGAGUUACUAUGCAACCCGGAAAAAAUGGCAAAAGCUCAAAAGGAGAUCCGAGGAGUCCUUGGGAAUGAAGGGAUAGUUCAAGAAUCAGACAUCUCAAAGCUCCAUUACUUACAAGCCAUAGUUAAAGAGACCUUUAGGUUGCACCCACCCGGCCCACUGCUACUUCCCCAUAAAGCUGAAACUGAUGUAGAAAUAUGCGGCUUCACAGUUCCAAAGAAUUCCCAAGUACUAGUUAAUGUAUGGGCUAUCGGUCGAGAUCCAAGCACUUGGUUGAACCCAAAUGCAUUCGUGCCUGAGAGGUUUUUGGGGUUUGAUAUUGAUGUCAAACGCCGAGAUUUUGAGUUGAUUCCAUUUGGUGCAGGAAGAAGAAUAUGUCUUGGACUGCCAUUAGCUCAUAGGAUGGUGCACCUGAUAUUGGCCUCUCUUCUUCAUUCCUAUGCUUGGAAGCUUGACGAUGGUAUGAAACCAGCAGAUAUGGACAUCAUAGUUCAAAGUCGCGGUAUCGGUUAUUGA